CCAUCUAAACAACAAACACAUUUUAAACUUUGGAAAAAUGGUCAAGUCUUCCAACUUAGCCCUCUCUAUUCGUAACAUAUUUUAGUUUUGGGAACACAAAACGGUAUUGAGAUCAAAUGUUUCAUGAUGAGAAAAUUUGCUGAAUAUCGGCCAAAUUCCAUCUCCCCCUACUUGGAUUCCUCUCAUCACCUUGGUGUUGAGUGGAAAUGUCAACCGGAUAUUUCAGAUUUAUACAUUCGGUGAAACACCUGGUUUACUGUUCUAUCUGUGUCAAAAUCCUGACAGCUGGCUUGUAUUUUAAUCAGGCAUCGAGAUAGGCGUUCUGUUUUUGGGGGUCCUUGCGUUAGUUCCUGGUCCACGUAUGAGACAGAUCCAAACGCUAAUAUUUACCUAACAAAGAUUUACCAGAUAAUGUGUAAAUGUGACACUAUAGUCUAUCUGUUGAUUAUUCAUCCCGGUCUAUAAAUUGUCUGGGAUAUUUAUUUAUUUUUAGUUUUGGACGUCGCUGUUGUUAUACGGAUGCAGAAUGUCUUGGUUGGCUGACCUGGCAGGGAAAGCUGAAGACUUCCUGAAUAAAGUGGAUGCAGGAGCUGCCAGCCUGACCAAACCCCAAGGCCGCACCUCCUCCUUCUCCUCAGCCUACGAUGCUCCUGACUCCACCGAAACCUCUCCGUACAGUAGCACCGGCUACAGCACCAACACAUCAGAGACACAGCAACACCCCUAUGGGAACUCCACCUCCCACAACGCACCAGGAUCUGGUUUCAUUACUGCAGCUGCUGGCAACAUCAAAAAAUCCAAAGGUUCCCUGUUGACUAGCUCAGCCACAGUCUCCACUACCAGCACCCUUCCCCUGGGGUCUUCCAGCACUGCCUCCUCCUCCAGCUCCAUCAAACCCUCCUCCAGCUUUGUGAGGCCCAGUAAGAAGAGUCAGAGUGAGCAAGAUGUAGAUGAUGACCUGUUGUUUGACUUCCUUAACAGCUCAGACCCUCCGGCGGCCAACGAGAGGCGGGAGGUCAGACCAAGAGAUCCUCUCAGAGUAUCUCCUGAAGGAUCAGGCUCCCCACAGCCAGCACCUCCUGUCUCGGCUGCUGCCCCCAUCAUGGUCCCCUCAGCCCCCUCCACGCCCCCCUCCCUACGGGGCAUGUCGCGAACCUCCAGCUACAGCUCUCUGUCCACCAGUACUCACAGUGCCAAAACAGGGGGUUCGGAGGAUGGCUCUGCCAAAGAAAGUCAAGACACACCUGAUGGUUCUGACUCUGGGUUGGCUGUUCCCCAGUCUAUCACCUACUUAUCAGAGUCUCCGGCCACAUACGAGGCCCCUCCCCCAGCCCUGGCCCCGCCCCCUAUAGAGGAGCAGCAGAGUCAGAUGAUGUCCAGUCUGCGUUUGGAGAACCAGCUACUGAGGUCAGAGGUCACCUCCCUCAACCAGGAACUGGCAUCCAUCAUCCAGAGAGCCAAAGACACUCAGGAGGAAUUGAACCAGGCACGGUUACGCACAGAGAAGUGGAAUUCGGACCAGUCUCGCACAGACCGCACGGUCAGGGAGCUGCGGUCGCAGGUUGAUGACCUCACAGAGGCCCUCGGUGCUAAGGACGGGCAGUUGGCCGUGCUGAAAGUCAGGCUGGAUGAGGCAGAUCAGUUACUGAAGUCACGGAGCUCUGCUCUGGAGGAGGCACAGACUGAGAGGUCCCGGAUCCUCCAGGACCACACAGAAGGAAGCAGUAUGCAGUCCCAGGCCAUGACGACCAUGCAGGAGAGACUGAGGGAGGCAGACAUGGCUCUACGCAGGGAACAGGAUGGCUAUAGACAGAUGCAGAGUGAGUUUGCGGUGCGGCUAUCUAAGGUGGAGGCGGAGAGGCAGACGCUAGCGGAGGCUGUGACGGGCGCAGAGAGACGGGCGUCGGAUGACAAGCACCGGGUCGAGGACCUCCAACAGCAGAUGAGGAGUGCCCGGAACGCAGCCGAGACUGCCAAGCAGGAGUUACAGGACUAUAAACACAAAGCCUCCCGCAUACUACAGUCCAAAGAGAAGCUGAUCAGCAGCCUGAAGGAGGGGUCAGGCUUGGAUGGUCUGGAAGGAGGAGGAGCCGGAGUUUUGGAGCUGGAGGAGCUUAGACAUGAGAAGGAGCUGCAGAGAGACGAGAUCCAGAAACUACAGGGACAGAUGCAGACGCUCCGUGCUGAGAUACAGGACUUGGAGGUAGCGGCCCUGACUGAGGCAGAGACGUGGCGAGAGCAGCAGCUGGAGAACCAGGAGCAACAGGCCCGACAGACCAGAGCCAAGCAGGAAGUGGAGGCCGAGGUGGAGCGCUACAAACAGGAGCUACAGUAUGUCGAGGAGGAAAACCACCGUGCCAAGACCACGCUGCAGAGUCGCAUCAAGGAUCGGGAAGAUGAGAUCCAGAAACUCAGAAACCAGCUGACCAAUAAGGCUCUGAGCAGCAGUAGCCAGGUGGAGCUAGAGAGCAGGUUACACCAGCUGACGGAGACUCUGAUCCAGAAACAGACCAUGUUGGAGUCCCUGGGAACAGAGAAGAGCUCACUGGUCUUCCAGCUAGAGAGGCUGGAGACCCAGCUGAAGAGCGUCCAGGGAGGAGGGCAGACCGGGGGGCCGGCCAUUAACAUGAGCAGCAUGGAGAGCCCAGGGACACGCCAGAGGAAUGCACCAAUCCUGUUCAACGACCACGACAGUCCAGGAGUGUAUGGACAGGUACGCAAGGCAGCCAGCACCAUCGACCGGUUCAGCAUCCGGUUAGGAAUCUUCCUGAGACGCUACCCCAUGGCUCGGGUUUUUGUAAUACUGUAUAUGGCACUACUGCACCUAUGGGUCAUGAUUGUUCUGUUGACCUAUUCUCCAGAGAUGCAUGAGAUCCACGACCAUCCUGCAGGGACAUAGAACUCAAGGCCUGAACGAUGUCAUGAUAGAGCUUUACAUAUAUAUAUAUAUAUAUGUAUGUAUGUGUUGUUUUGAUCUGGGGUAAGGUGAAGAUGCGUUCUCUUUGUCAUCAAAGACUAGCCUGGUGCCAGAUCUGUUUGUGCUGUUCAGACAGCCGGUAACCCUAAAGUCACAGAACUAUUCUCUCAGCUACAGCCGGUAACCCUAAAGUCACAGAACUAUUCUCUCAGCUACAGCCGGUAACCCUAAAGUCACAGAACCAUUUCUCAGGCUGGAUGGCAGGUCUCCGCCACACCCAUUGAUACCACUGAUGUGUGAGGGGGGAAAAAGGACAACGAAUUGUUUUGCUUAAUUUAAUACAUUUUCCAAAAUUGUGUGUUUAGUCAAGCACAUAACCACUAUUAUUUUGUAGUUAGCUCCUUGGUAAAGGCGUCAUUACGACGAAAGUAAGUUAGCUACAGCAUUUAUUAAACGAACCGAGAACAUUUUCUUGACUGCACGCGUUUUUUUUGCUCUCCGUAACACGAGAGCGUUGACGAGCGAAGGGGGGGAAAUGUGCGCGUCGUUGCGCGGAUGGGAAACGGUCAUGGCAGAGAGAGCUCCUCCACCCGGUACCGUCCUUCACAGAAAGUUAUGUUAAGACGUUUUAACGAUUACUAGGCCAAUGUUAAUGGAUCAGUUUUUUUGAUCUGUCCUUGAUUAUAGCUAGAUGUCAACAGUGCGCUGCUAAUGCUGUGGUAAAUCAGUUCACCAAUGACAACGAGGCAUGUUGAAUUAAUGGUAGUCUAGUAGUCAGACCUGAUGGAUUAGAUCAGGGAUAGAGAUCUGGAAACCAGUUGAGGUAGCUUCUAAUUCAGUUGAGGUAGCUUCUAAUUCAGUUGAGGUAGCUUCUAAUUCAGUGGAGGUAGCUUCUAAUUCAGUGGAGGUAGCUUCUAAUUCAGUUGAGGUAGCUUCUAAUUCAGUUGUUUCAUGUUCCAUAUAGCCGACAGUAAGCUAGACCUAAUACAUUGCAUCCAGUAAUUGAAUUAUUCCGAAUUCUCCCCAUAACAAAAUGAAAACGCCAGUUUACACUUUCACUAGACUCUAUCCACAUAAAGACAUCUAUUAAUUAGAAUUUCCCCUAAAUUGAACCUAGAAAAAAAUGUGAACGUGUCAUUGAGACCACCUCAAUUUGAUUUAGGAUCAAACACAAGAUUACAUUUUUAUAUAAUAUAAGACUAGGUUUCAAGAAAUGGCAGUUUUAAAGCUUUUUUUUUAUUUUUUUAUUUUUUUUAUGUUAAAAUGUCGUUAAUGGGGUCUGUGGUGCCGCGCUUAAGUGAUACUUCAAGGUUGGCAGGUCUGUGUUUUGCCAGCGCCGUUCUCCGUUGGCAUGACAAUGACCAUAGGAGUUGGCUAGAAAGCACACCUAGAUCUGAGACCAAAGGCUAGUUGGGAGUAGGGAUGGAGCAAGCUGCUGAUUUAAUGGCUCGAUAGG